AUGGGUAGAUCAAAAUCAAAGAAAACAAAUCAACCAUCAUUAGAUUUUAAAGUAAAGAAAAAGAAAUUAGGAAAGAAACCACCCCCAAAUCCAAAUGUAACAGUUACAACAUUUAAAUCAAAGACAUUAUAUAUACCAGGACAAUCAAUUGGUGAAAAAGAUGAUCCUAUAACCAAUCAGAGAAAUCUUACGUUGAAAGAUUUGCUCUCGAAAACCAAACAUUAUAGUGAACAGAUUCGUCGUGAUUCUUUGAAUGGAUUGAAAGAUUUGAUUCAGAUGCAUCCUGUGGUCGUAAGUCAACAUAUUGGUGCGAUUAUGAAUGGAAUCGUCGAGUCGGUGAAUGACACCGAUAAGAAUGUCAGACUGGCUGCACACUCGCUCAUCGCAAAGGUAUUGCCACUGGUCGACCCUAUUAUGAUGUCACCGUUCCUCCCACUCUUUGCCAUCUAUAUCACAUCGGGAAUGACUCAUCUAAAGUCAUCGAUCCGUAUGGAUUCACUGCAACUCUUUGAGCUGCUGAUCACCCAAUUCCCACAGAUGAUAGGCUUCUCUCACCAGAUCCUACCGAACUACUUGGAGCUGUUGAAACGUGUUGGAAUACAUACAACUUCAUCGUUGGUUCUAUCGAAUACAUCGGUAGGAUCAUCCACAUCGCUCUCAGCAAUUGCCAGCGCCACAAACACCGGUGGAGGAAAUGCCGCUUCCGGUGCAAGUGGAAUGAAGAACAAUCAACUGGGACAGAGAAUUCAAAUAUUACAAAGUUUAUUCAAGUUGUUGGAGCGACUGUUACCUAGUGAACAACAACAUCAAAGACUGCUUAGUAAAGUUAAGAGUUCAAAUAGUUUGACUAGACAAUGGGCAGUGCAGACUCCUCUCGCAUCGACAUUCACCAACUACACAGAGCGUACUGUAUUCACAUCAUUCUUUAGCCAGACUGGAUCAUCGACAGGAAAGAUAUCGUCACGCGCAUUGGAAUCCGCAACGGAAACACUUGACUUUACCGCUAGCGUUAUGCCGAUUCUCAUUGAAUGUUGGUUGGAGUUGACCCCUGGCAAUCCAGGAUCACACUCGACCCUUCUCGAUAUGGAGUUAAUAGUAAAGAUGUUAAUGCUUUUAAUUACAAAGAUCAGAGAAGAUCCAAACAUCGGUGGUUCAGCAUCAAAGAGCAACCCAAACAAUGAGAAAUUCGAUCGUAUUCGUCAAGAUUAUCUCAAGUACUUUGCUGCACACUAUCCAGUUUUGGUCGGUAGCUCCGACAACCCCGACUCCAAAGAGUACUCUGCCAGUCAAGAAAUCAAUGCUAUUGUUACACAAACACUUGCAUGGUUGUUACCAACAUCAAUAAUUACCAAUACUGUUGGUAGUGGUAGUAGUAAAUCAAUAUUACCAUCGUGGUUCGAACCAGCUAUCGACUUUUUCGAAGAUGCAUUGGAUGGAAAGCUAGUAAAGGAAGGUGAAAGAGGUCAAGCCGUUAGAACAUCGAUAUCAUCGUACUUGUGGGUUGUCAUUAAGGUGUUACCAUCGUUGAGUCAAGAGAGAGCACAAAGUGUACUGGAAUCGUUUAUCAAAUUCGAUAAUCAAUGCAACCCACUCUCCACGGCCAAGAAAGCAUGUGUAUUCUUCAUCAAAGAGCUUAUCGAUAUUCAAGAUUCUCUCAAAGAUAAAUCAAUCAAGAAGAUCAUUGAAUGGGGAUUAUCUUCACUUCCAAAGUUACUUUGGAGAAUUGGUGCAUCAGAUUCAAAUACAUCAUUGAUGAUUAUAACAAUUUUGUUAUCAUUUGGUAAAGAUAAGAAUAAGAGAGGACAAUAUGAAAGUAUUCAAAACUCAUUGGUACCAUUUUUAUUUACCAUUUCAAAGCCAAGUGACAAGUUCCCUCAAGGUAAACAUGUCUAUGGUCCUUUCAUUCACUUACCGAUCGACCUACAGAUUCAAUCAUUAUAUUUAAUCUAUUACUUUACAUCUAUCAAUUUAUUAACUAUUAGAGCAUUAAUUGCAAUUUGUAAAUCACCAAAGGUAUCGAUUGAAGUAAAAGAAAGAAUAUUCGAUAUUAUCUAUUAUAAAUUUGAUCAAGGUUUUGGAUUAGAUAACUAUUUGGCAUUCUGUAUCUCAAUUACUUUGGCAAUGAUUCAUAAGGUUGAAGACAACGGCGAUGAACAACAACAAAUAGAUUUAGAUGGUGUUACUGAUUUGGAUGCUGAUAACAAUAACAAUAAUAAUAACAAUUCAUCAUUAAAGAGAAAACAUGAUAAGAUUAUGAACAAUGAUAGUUCAUCCGUUGAUAUUCAACAUAGAGACAGAGUAUUAAAUAGAAUAUUUAGAGAUAUCAAUCAUCUUCGAUCAACAAUCCCAAUUAAGAAGGUUUUAAAUCCAUUAUUAGCUUCAGUGUUAAGAGAAUUGGAUAAUCAAACAUUGGACGGAAAGAAAUAUAUAUUACAAUUGAUAUAUUCAUGCUUUAAUAGUAAAGAUCAAGAGGAAUGGUCUAGCGUUCCAAAGAGUUUGGUUGAUAGCUUACCAGCUAUACUAUCAUCAUAUCUGUUAACGAUCGAACAACAACAACUACAGCAGAAAUCAUUAAUAACCAACUUAAAGGAUUCAUAUAUCUCAUUAGCUCAUCAAUAUAUUCAAUUGGAUCAAUCAACUACUUUAUUGGUAAAUUUGCUUAAACAAAUGUCAAGCGAGUUGAAGGCUGAUAAAUCGAAAUUGGUUGUUAUAUCAAUCAUAUUAAUGGAUAUCAUUAAGAACAAACAGAUGGAAUCUUUACUUCAUCAACAAGAGGCUAAAGACCAACUACAAUUGUUUGUAAAUGAAAUAUCAACACAACCCAACAUUCUUGAGGAAGAGAAACCAAUCGUCGACAAACUUUUAUCAGAGUUUAAAAUGUCACACAAUAAAUUAUAA